AUGGGUCUUGCGUCCUUCUUCGCCCAGUGGCGUGGACCGAAAACAAAAGCCGAAACACAUCGGUCGCAACCAGCACGUCGCUCAAAUGGCCUUCGUUUGGCGUCCACUCCGAGACACGAAAGGAUCGGCUCAUACGAAACAACAACGGGACCGAUGAUUGCAUUGCCUUCACAUCCAUCCACCGCUGCAACAGCUCGCGUUCCCGCCAGCAAAGAAGAACGGAGGAAAAGUAGAGGUGCAAACUUGUCACAAUACAAGACACAGACUCGAUCGAGCGACCGCCGCAGCAGCAUUGUCGGAGGCCGACCUGAUGAUGAUGAGAAUGUUCCUUCCAUGCCAGGACGAGCCUUCAGGCGAGCCGAGAAGUCGCGAGAUGAGUUCGAGAUGAUGCCACCCGGCACUGCUGCGUCGAACGAGUCGCAGACGUCCGCCACUACUUCCAAGUCGAAACGAUUCUCCUUCGGACACACGUUGAGCAGGAGGAAAUCAUGGUUCUCGUCCAACCGACCGACCAUAACGGCAGCAGAUAUGCCACCACUGCCGCCAAUGCCAAUUAGCGUGCCUGAAACGAAUCCGUCCACGACAGCCACCGUGCCUUCGGAUAAGAGACAUCGCAGAGCUGCGUCCAGAGCUGCGUCCAUCGGAUCUACUACCAGCACCGUGAGAGGACCAAAGCGCCGCUCCUGGUGGGCAUCCUCAAACCCAGACGACUCGGAAGAUGAGGAGGUCCCCCCGGUCCCAAGUCUUAUCCGUGACCAGAAUUAUACGCCAGAUUCCAUGAACAGCGAUCCGUUCGAUCACGUUGAUCUGUCUCGCAAUCCAGAUCUGACCGAGACGACAACACGCACAUCCUCCGUCAAAUCGCCCCGACCGCUCAGUGUCUGCACUGUGAAAACUGUCAGGUCAUAUAAGCCCAAGUCAGCAGUGAAAGGCUUCAUGAACUCAACAAGCGGCGCAACUGAGUCGGCACGUCUUAGCUACCGGAAAUCGUUCAACAUCCAGGACGAUGCAGCUAUGGUCUGCUUGACAGACGAACAGCGUGUAGAGUGGGCGAAACUCAUGAAUGAGGGGGAUACUUUCCGGGACCGACCGAGCCUAAAGUCGACGAACAGCUAUGCGUCAGAAGUCAGUGUCAAGGACAGAUUUGCGAAUGACCAAGCUCUUGCUGCGCUUGAGUUUGGGACUCGGUAG